UCUUCGGCUGGUGGUGCAGCGAGUUCCAUUGUUGGUCGGUUUUUGUUGUGUUUUUCGCACAGACCUCAGACAGAACUUUGGAAUUGCUGGGGGAUCUGGAAGAGAAUAAAAAGGAGGAAAAUCAGGAUAGUUGCAGUCAGGAAUUCCUUUUCGUGUAGUGAAAGUCGCAACUAAUUGCCUGUCGUCACCAUGCGACACUUCUGGUUGCUGGGCCUGGUAGCGCUGGUGCUACUGGUGUCCUUUACCGAGGCCAACAAGAAAGAGGAAGGCUUCGAGGAGAGCGGUGGCAGCGAACAGGGUGAGGAACAUCACGAAAAGAAGGGCGAAAAGGGUGACAAAGGAUACAAAUCCAAACACGGUGUCGAGAAGAAGGAAAAGGGUGAUCACGCUAAGGAGGAACACGAAUCGCACUACGGCGAAGAGGGUGGCCACAAAAAGGAAAACCACGACGAAGGUGAAGAGUACAAAAAGCACCACGAGGAAAAGAAGGAAUCGAAACACGGUAAGCACGGCCAUAAGAAGGGCCACAAGAAGGGUUCGAAGACGACGGGCUACCACAAGAAAUCGCACAAGGAUGAUUACCACAAGGAGCACAAGUUCUACGACGAUCACCACAAGGAGGGCAAGCACAAGAAGUACGGAGACUUCCACGAGCAUCACAAGAAGGAAGCCGGAGAGCACAAGAAGGGCGAUCACCACGAGUCGGCCCACAAGGAGGAUCACUACUCCAAGAAGGGCCACUCGGACAAGGGACAUCACGACGAGGAUCACAAGGGCUGGAAGAAGAAGCACGGCCAUGAGAGUCACUACUCGCACAAGGAUGAUUACGGUAAGAAGGGCGGCAAAAGUGGCGGCAGUGAGCAUGGUUUCAAGAAAGGCGAUCAUCAUGGAUGAUUGUGCUAUGAUGAUAUUUGUAUGUUUAGUAGGUAAUAUGAUGAAGUUGA